AUGUUGACUCAGAAAAAAAAUGUAAAAAAAAAGAAGCACUUAAACACUUUUCAAGAAAGAAACCUUCCAGUUCUCUCUCUCUCUCUCUCUCUUCUGCUUAACCUACCCUCUAUAAAUCUCAAGCUUUUCUCUCUCAACUUCCGUUUUCCCUCUCUCAUAUUUCUCUCUCUAACAAUUCUCUCUGUAACUCUUAGUCUUAUUGUACACAUUGUUAAUUUACUCCGUUUUCUUCGUUCCCUUGAUAACAUCUGCCUGUCUAGAGCCUUUGCAAUUCUCCUUCCUUUAAAAAUAUCUAUUCUUUCCUUCAGUAACAUCUGCUUCUUCUCGAUUUUUACACUUUACUACUACCCUUUUCCCCAUACUUUUCCUCUCUCUUUUUUAUUAAAAUUUAUCUAUUCUUGCCUUUUCUUCUCUCCUAGUCCUAAUGCCAUCUGUCUAUCUGACUCUUUUUUUCGUUUUGCUUUCUUUCUCAGGUUCUCUCUCUUUCACCGCUUUCUCUUACUUAGUAGCAUUAAUCUUUUUCCUUUAACAGCUGUCUUAUCCCUUUUCUUACUUUUCCUUCUUUUAAUUCUCAUUAUUUCUUUCUCUUUUUCUCUUUCUUUUCUUACUAUUGGUCAGAAUAACCUUCCUUGCUCGUUUUUUCUUUCACAUUUUUCAUCUAUCAAGAUAACGCUUGUUAUCGAAAUUUCCCUAAUUUUUUCUUUUUUGAUCAUUUUCUUUCACGAUUCUUUCUCUCCAGUCUCUCUAAAUAUUUCUUUCGUUCCUUCUGACUUUUUACAAUUACAACGUUCUCUGGUUUUUUCUUUCCUCUUUCUUACAAAUUACACCAUUUCUUUCAUUUUCUCUAUUUUCAUCUCUCUCUCUAUCGUUUCUACUCAUCAUUAUUUCUUUUCCCACUUUUCUAUUUUUCUUUUCUAUCACUUUCUUCCAUGUUCUAAUCAUUCGCUCACAUUUCUUCACUCCAUUUUUCAUUCUGCACCUCUCUUCGAAAUUAUUAACCAUUCUUUUCUCCUUUUAGAUUUAUUAUCUCUUUUUCCUCUCAUAUUCACUUUUUCAUUUUCUAUUGCUCUCAAAGAUUUUUCCUUUCUCUUUCUUUCAAACACUCUCCUCUUUUUCCUUGCUUCUAUGAACCCUAGGGCCUAA